UCAUGUCUUAAGCCCCGCCCCAUUCCUACUUCCGCCUUUUAAUUUUACCUGAGGAAAUUAAACUGGCUAAAAAUAUUCGGUCAAUGUGAUUUUUAAACAAUAAUAGCCAACAAAAACGGACAGGUUUUAUAUUCAAGCAGUGUGAAAUCCUGCACAGAGAAGAUGAAUGUGAGGAAGGUGGUGCAGACAGUUCUUAGCGUGGAACAAGCAGAGGGAGUAGGCGCUCGGGUCCGUAGGAGCAUCGGAAGGAAAGAACUGAGGAACUUGGAUCCUUUCCUGAUGUUGGAUGAGUUUAAAGUGUGCAAGCCAGCAGGUUUUCCAGACCAUCCUCACAGAGGAUUUGAGACAGUCACAUAUGUUUUGGGGGGAAUCACAGCCCAUGAGGACUUCUGUGGUCAUUCUGGACAUCUGAAACCUGGAGAUUUGCAAUGGAUGACAGCAGGACGGGGAGUGGUCCAUGCCGAGAUGCCUGUGUCAGAGGAGCCAGUGGUGGGACUGCAGCUGUGGGUUAACCUCCGAAAACAAGAAAAGAUGAUCGAACCAGCAUACCAGGAGCUUAAAAGCUCGGAGAUCCCCAAACCCACCCAGGGUGGAGUUACGGUUGCUGUAAUAUCUGGAGAAGCCUUGGGAGCGAAGUCUAAGGUCUACACAAGAACACCAACCUUGUACUUGGACUUCAAGCUGCAGGCUGGGUCCAUGCAUGUGCAGCCAGUACCAUCUGGAUGGACUUCCUUCAUUUAUACUCUCUCAGGAACUGUUCAUGUUGGCCCAGAUCAGGAUCAGCAGCAGGUUGAGCCCCAUCACACUGUGGUGUUUGGAGAUGGUGAUUGUGUCAGAUUUAAAAACAAGGGCUCUGAAGUUUCUCAUUUUGUGCUGAUUGCUGGAGAACCAAUCAACGAGCCUGUGGUACAACAUGGUCCAUUUGUAAUGACCACUGCAGAGGAGAUCGACCAGACCAUCAUGGACUAUCAAAAUGGCAGAAAUGGCUUUGAAAGAGCCAAACACUGGAGAUCUAAAAUCCGAGAUUCUUCUUAAGCAGUACAGCUCGUUAUGCAGCUUUUUUUCUGUUAGAUGGUUUGUUACAUGUCUAUAUAUCUAUGUAUGUCUAUAUUUCUAUCUAUCUAUAUAUAUAUAUAUAUAUAUAUAUAUAUAUAUAUAUAUAUUUAUGAUUUAGAGCAUAUAGGAUAUACUUGCACCAACAAUACUCGUGGUUCUUUCCAAAGAUAUUUUCCUUAUGCUGUUUGAAGGAACAGAGUCACUUGGAAUAUGCUAAAGAGUACUAAAUAAGUUACAAAAAUAAUUGUAAGCUAGGUUUAACUGAUCUGUUAGAUUUGUCGAUUAGUUGUAAGCUGUCGAGUUCUUGUUUUUAAUUCUUGUUUACUAUGAUAAACUCCGUCUGUCCUCCCCCAGCUGUUUGUGCAAACAAACAGGGUUUGGUAUAAUAGACGGAAUUCUCUUAUUAUGUAGCUAAAAACCAAGCAACACAACAGAUGUCUUGGUAAUCUGCUCCUAAUCAGCACUUUAUAAAUUGGGUUUUUCAGAUUUGUUGAGACAAAGUGUCUCUUGUGCUGUUAUCGGAUGCCUUCAGAGGCUCAGUUUAUAAAAGAAUUUUAAAUGCUCAUUGAAGAAUUUGUGGAUAACAUGUUAAUUCUGCGAAUGAAAAAGCAAGAGAUUGGUGCAAAUUAAGCCAUGCCUCCCUAAAGGAGUGUUUUUAGUAGCUGAUAUGCACUGGAAACAUCAUGUCAUUCCUUUUUAUUAGUUUAUCUUCAUUGAAGUUACCAAAGCAACCACUGAGGAAUAUUUCCCUGGAGACACUUUAAACUCAAGACAUUACAAAAAAAACAGAUUUUCUAUAAAUACUAAGCACUUUGUUUGCACUAAUUUGUUUGAAUGACACUACAUGUUUGCUCUAUCUUUCUCCCACCUUCUCUUUCAACCAGAUGUAUUACCUCAUGCAUACAAGUAAAAAACAUUUAGUAGAAGUUUAAAUAUAUUUUAUCACAAUUUUGGGUGGUGUUAGUGUACUAAUGAAUUUGAAAUAAAUUUUAAAAUGUAAA